GGUUUCCUCCUGUUGAAGGAGCGAUUUUCGUAGAGGGGGUAAUUAAGUUUGUCUUCUUGUAAAGAUGUGGAGGCCUGUGCAUCUGCGAAGCUGUAAUAGUUUUGCAUCAUGGCAUAUCUGCAGAUUUUGCACUUACUGCGUCAUAAAACGUUUUGUCUUGCCUGAAUGUUGGGGAGCAUGGCUGCUAAGAAACUCAGAAGAGCACAAUUGUCUCAGGAGCUGUGUGAAAGGCUGAGUCGCUGUCAGAUCACUACCUGUCAGGACUUUUUAUGUCUUUCACUCUUGGAGCUGAUGAAAGUGACGGGACAGAGCUACUAUGAGGUGCAGAAGCUUCUUUGUAAAGUCAGCCGAGCUUGUGCUCCCAAAAUGCAGACAGCUUAUGAAAUGAAAUUAAAGAAGUCUGUCUGUCCCUCUUCAGCCUUUUUAUCUACCACGCUGCAUAGUUUGGAUAGAGUCUUGCAUGGUGGAGUGCCUUGUGGGUCCCUCACAGAGAUAACUAGCCCACCAGGUUGUGGCAAAACUCAAUUUUGUAUUAUGCUGAGUGUUCUGGCUACGCUGCCUGUAAGCAUGGGAGGACUAGAUGGGGCGGUUAUAUACAUUGACACAGAGUCUGCAUUCAGUGCUGAAAGGUUGAUUGAGAUAGCAGGAAACAGAUUCCCUACUUAUUUUGACUCAGAUGAAAAAGUGUUCUGCAUGACCCGUAGCAUUCACCUCUAUCGAGAGCUGACCUGUUGCAGUGUACUGAAGAGGAUUAUGUCUUUGGAAGAAGAAAUUAUUUCAAAAAAAGUUAAACUCAUAAUAAUUGACUCUGUUGCUUCAGUUGUCAGAAAAGAGUUUGACACAAAACUUCAAGGCAAUCUGGCAGAGAGAAGUAACUUUUUGACUAGAGGAGCAUCAGUGUUGAAGUAUUUGGCAGAGGAGUUCUCAAUACCAUCUUGCUUACUCCAUCAGAACAUUUGUGAUGCAACCUCUGAUAGCAGGUGAAAGAUAAAAAUCUGCCAACAAAGUGGAUGUCUCACAAUAUCGUCUUAUUAUCAGAACAAUUUGAAUACCACAUUCCUUACUGUAGCUAAGUUUG